AUGGCUGAUGUGGACAAGGAGGGUCCUGAUACCUUACCCAAUACGCCUGACACAGUGCCCCUGGAUGACCACUUCUUCAGCCCCAGGACCAGUGCAAGGCUGCAGGGUGACUUCGCUCGUUUAGUCCCAGUCAAUCAUGCGGCAGUGCUUGCAUUCCAUUCCAUCGCCGAACGGACGAGGCUGGAACCGGAUUGGAACCCUCACAUUAAGAAGUUUCUGUUCAUCGAGGAAACCGCCCGGCAACUUUCUCCUGAAUGGGAUGGUAGUGAUGCCUCCAGUGAUACAACAAGUGGGCACCCUGCUCAAGUGCUGAUGGGCUACUACCGACUAAGCUUGGACAUCUUGACCAACCACACGAGAUUGGGCUGGGUGCUUGGGAGCGGCAGAAAGGAUCUCGUCAACGGUGGCGUUGAUUUCCUGUUGACCCUCCAGAAAAACAGACAUCAUGUCCACGGUCGACAUGCUCGACUGGUCCACCAUGCUCAAAACGGCGCAUUGAUGCUCGUGACUGGCAAAGGCAGGGUUGUGCUUGUCAAUGGUAUUGAAAGACUCGAAGGCUCGCAGCGAGUUCUUGGGUCUGUGCGUACUGCCCUGUCCUUCGGCAACCUAUCCUACAACUUGGAAUUUACCGGUUUGAAUGAAAACAGUUAUCGGGAAAAGCUAGGAGAGCUGUUCACGAGGCUUCAUCCUGAUGGCGACGUGCCUCCAAUGUCACUCGAAUUAACCCCUCUUGAGCACCACCAUGAACUGCACGGGUUUCUGAUACAUUCCCCCUUCGCAUCCGGUGCCAGCGGUGUGGUGUCUGCUGGCUUCGAAAAGUCCACCGGCCGGGCCGUAGCCAUUAAACGUGUCAAGCGUACGCCGGCGACGGUUGCCCGAAUUCAACUUGAAAUCCAGAUCUACAAGAAGAUAGGAAACCAUCCAAAUCUCUGCCAUUUGAUGGCUGACCUAUAUUCUGGAGGCGAUGAGUACAGCACAGGCAAGUCCAGGAUCAAUGAUGUCUACCUGGUACAUUCUCCACUGGCCAGACAGACAUUCCUUGACUUGACCCUCUCCAAAAGGCCAUACGACGUUCGCAUGUCCGCUUUCCAUCAGGUUUUGAGAGGUCUCGCCCAUCUGCAUCAACAUGGUAUCAUGCACAGAGACUUGAAGCCUACGAAUAUGAUGAUCGUGUCGUAUUCACCGGUACACGCAAUUAUUAUUGACUACGGGAGCGCCACUUUCGAAGCUACUUCGACAGAUCAUUACUGCGGAACCAUUGCAUAUCUUGCGCCAGAAAUUCUCAGGCUCAAGUAUCAGACUGAGAGUCUAUAUCAGGAUCCGUAUGAUUGCCGCGUGGAUAUUUGGGCCUUGGGACUUUCAGGAUAUCAACUUUUCUUCCAGGAGCACUGCAAGUGGGAGAAAGGUGUCAGCAGCGUCGCGCAUCAAGAUAUCAUACAAAACUUGAGAUCCCGACCGGCGUCUAUUGCUGAUGUGCUUGAGCGGAUGCUUUCGUGGCAACGUGUUCAUCGGCCCCAUGCAAACGAGCUACUUCAAUCGAAGCUCUGGUCCAAGCUUGUUGAUGGUGCUGAGGCUCCAAACGCUGACAUUUCCGCCUCUGCGCAUGUCCUAAAAAGAGUGAAGAGGUAG